UCUAGACCUGUCAAGAACCUCAAAAUUCUAUUCUUUGAGUUUGUUAAAAUGAAAGCCUCAUUUAUUGUUGUCUUACUCAUUGGCUUUUCAUUGGGAAUUGUAAGUUGAAUUUAAUCCAAAUUCUAACUUUAAAAACGUAAGAAUUUCUCACCCCUACUUUUACACAGAAAGCCCAGUUAGGGAGCCUUAGUCAUAUGCCUCCAAUGAGUCUCCUUAGAGUUCUCUACCCAUGUGCUAGGGAAGUUGGAGUGAGUGAAAUGGAAUUGCUGGCAAUUCGAGAUGGUGACCUAUCGGCCCUUAAGGAUACAACAGGAUGCUUCUCAGAUUGUGUUGCAGGCAAAAUUAACGCCCUCAUUGAUGGAAUAUUCCAUCCUGAUGUAAUCCUCGAACGACUCUCUCGUGUUCUUAAGGAGGAUCAAGCUCUUGCUGUAAUGGAGAAGUGUACAGGAAGACAAGGUGAUGGAGAAUGCCAAAUUACGGGAAUGGUGUUUGAGUGUAUCAUUGAGACUGUUCUUGGAAUAACGUUGGAUUAGAAUUUUGUGGAAAUUUUUUAAAGAAGAUUUUCAGAGAUAAACUCUGUCUGUAGUAGGUCGUGUAGUGAGUUCUUUAGCAGAUUCUUUUGAAGUUUUAAAGAAUAAAAUUAAAGGUUUUAGAGGAAGAAAGUUGUUUGAUUAUUUUCUAAAAUUGGAAAUUUAAAGUGGUUAAGGUUUUCGACUAACGUGAACGUUAAAUAUUUCAAUUUAAGUAAAAUAAAAACUAUUAAAAAUUCCAUAAAUCUCAUAAAGUCAAUUCAUGGACAGAAGAUGUCUUCUUACAGGCAUUAGUUUGACCAAGAUCACUUUCACUUAAAAUUUUUCUCUUAACUCUCUGAAUAUUCUUACAACACUACAAAUUAUUGUGGUGAAAAAAAAGGCAUGGGAAUUAACU